AUGAUGUCCAAGCAAACUCCCUGGAUAAUCUCUUUACUCUUUACCUCUAUCCUUCCUGAAACUGCAGCAACAGUUUUGGAGCCACGAUGGGUUCACUUCGAGAGUGAUGGCAUAUCUCUCGCGGGCCAUCUCUACGUCCCGGACACGAACUCGACAGGCACGGCUGCGGUCAGACGUCCCGCGAUCGUGGUUGGGCACCCACGGGGUGGUGUCAAAGAGCAGACUGCCGGAUUAUACGCUCGUGAGAUUGCGGAGCAGAGCGGAUUCAUUACUCUCGCAUUUGACGCAGCCUACCAAGGAGAGAGCGGAGGCCUCCCCCGCUACCUCGAGGAUCCUUACCAGCGUGCGAACGACGUCAGGAACGCUGUAACAUACUUGUCAACGCUUCCAAUUGUUGAUGCGGAAAACAUUGGGGCAUUAGGCGUUUGCGCCUCUGGGGGUUACGUUCCCUUUGCCGCGCAGACAGACAAGCGUAUCAAGGCUGUUGCCACUGUCAGCGCCGUAGACCUGGGAACGCUGAACGCCGAAGGCUUCGGAAGCUACGGUGGUCCUUUUUUACCAACAUUGAACGGACUUUUGGCCGAGGCAGGCCGCCAACGUACCGCCGAGGGGCUGGGUUCGCCCCCCAAUCAAACCCGUGUUGUACCGCACACACCGGCAGACGUUACAUCUAACUUGCCUGUCUUCUAUCAAGAGGCCCACGACUACUACAGAACGCCCCGAGGUCAGGCCAAGACGUCGCCUAACUUGAACUUGUGGCGAAGCGUCGAGCUGCUGUCGACAUACCGAUCAUACACUUUUAUGCAGCUGAUUUCGCCUAGGCCUUUGUUGAUGAUUGCUGGAGGGGCAGCAGACACGUUAUACUUCAGCGAACACGCAAUAGAGCAAGCCGAAGAGCCCAAGGAGCUUUACAUUAUACCGAACAUGACACACAUCGAUCUCUACGACCAUACUACGCAAAGUACUCCAAAGCUAGUGGACUUCUUUAGAAGUCACCUACGGUCUUCUAAUAACAGUAUUUCUGCGCAGAGACGUUCUUAA